CACACACAAACAAAAAGCAACCUAGGUUCUCUCCAAAAAAACAAUGGCAUUUACAAAAAUACUUUUCAAUAACAUAUUACAUCGUUUCAUCUGUAAAGAUUUUCACGAAGUUGUUUCCUCCAUGACGAUAAUUGAUGCUUUUCUCUUUCUCAUUGUGCAUUCAGUGGAUAAACUGAGAAUAUGGCCAAAGUUACCAGUUUUCUUAGGGUUAUUAUAUUUGUCUGUUCGUCGACAUCUUCACCAGCAGUACAAUCUGAUCAAUGUCGGAAAAUCACCGUGCGGAGUUCGAUUUAAUCCAGAGGAUUAUCCCUACAGAACAAGUGAUGGAAGUUACCAUGAUCCCUUCAAUGAGGGAGCUGGCAGCCAAGGAAGUUUCUUUGGCAGGAACAUUAUGCCUGUGGAUCAAACAGAUAAGUUGAUGAAGCCAGAUCCAAUGGUUGUGGCUACAAAACUAUUGGCACGAACACAAUACAAAGAUACGGACAAGCAAUUCAACAUGAUUGCAGCUUCUUGGAUCCAGUUUAUGAUCCACGAUUGGAUCGAUCACAUGGAGAACACCAACCAGCAGGUUGAGUUGAUUGCACCUAAAGAAGUAGCAAACAAAUGUCCUCUCAGUUCCUUUAAGUUUUAUCCGACAAAGGAGUUUCCGACUGGUUUCUACGAUAUCCAAACCGGCACCAAGAACAUCCGUACACCUUGGUGGGAUGGAAGUGCAAUAUAUGGAAGCAACAAGGAAAGAUUACAAAAGGUGAGAACAUUCACAGAUGGGAAGUUAAAGAUUUCAGAAGAUGGCUUACUCCAACACGAUGAAGAUAGGAUCCCCAUAUCCGGAGAUAUUCGAAAUAGCUGGGAUGGCGUCUCUGUAUUGCAGGCUCUAUUCAUUAAAGAACACAAUGCUGUUUGUGAUGCUAUUAAGAAGGAACUGCCAGAUUUGAAUGAUGAAGAGUUGUACAGACAUGCGAGGCUUGUAACUUCUGCUGUGAUUGCAAAGAUUCAUACCAUUGAUUGGACAGUGGAGCUUCUCAAAACUGAUAUGUUGCUUGCUGGAAUGCGAGCUAACUGGUAUGGGUUAUUGGGAAAGAAAUUCAAGAACACAUUUGGGCAUGUCGGGCAUGCCUUAUUGGGAGGCUUAGUUGGUCUAAGAAAGCCUGUUAAUCAUGGUGUUCCUUACUCUUUGACUGAGGAAUUUACCAGCGUCUAUCGGAUGCACCAGCUUUUACCAGACUCCCUUCACCUAAGGAACACCGAUGUCGCUCCAGGACCAAACAAAUCUCCACCAUUGCUCAAGGAUGUUACUAUGCCUGAUCUAAUUGGUCAAAAAGGAGAAAAAACUUUAUCACAAAUUGGAUUCACCAGACAAUUUGUUUCAAUGGGCCACCAAGCUUGUGGUGGAUUGGAGCUUUGGAACUAUCCUGCAUGGCUUCGAGGCCUCAUACCACACGACGUUGAUGGCAAAGAGAGGCAUGACCAUGUGGAUUUGGCAGCUCUUGAAAUUUACAGGGACAGGGAGAGGAAAGUUGCAAGGUACAAUCAAUUCCGUAGGGCUUUGCUAUUGAUACCAAUCUCUAAAUGGGAAGAUUUGACUGAAGACAAGGAAGUCAUUGAAGUUCUCAAGGAAGUUUAUGGUGAUGAUGUUGAACAACUGGACUUAAUGGUGGGUCUCAUGGCAGAGAAGAAGAUCAAAGGUUUUUCCAUAAGUGAGACAGCUUUCAUCAUCUUCCUACUGAUGGCAUCUAGGAGGCUGGAAGCAGAUAGGUUCUUCACAAGCGAUUUCAAUGAGAAAACAUACACAAAGAAGGGAUUUGAAUGGGUGAAUACAACUGAAAGCUUGAAAGAUGUGUUGAAUCGUCAUUACCCAGAAAUUCCAAAGAAAUGGAUCAAUUCAACCAGUGCUUUCUCUGUUUGGGACUCUCCUCCAAAUGCUCCCAAUCAUAUCCCUCUAUAUCUUCGCCUUCCGUCCUCAAAUUAACUUGUCAACAACACAUAAAUUUAAUUAAAAAUCGCAACCCGACUGUUGUUUUACAGUCAUGAAUAAUUGUAUGCUUUUCUUACGUACGUAUUGAUGAAGUUUAUUUGUUCUACUAAACAUUGGCUAUAUUUCAUCGUUU